CAGUCUGUUUUGCUUUCUCCCCACUGGACCCACUGGCUCCCCUAUAUAGGCGGCUAUAAGGUCUCCGCCCCAGAAGAGCCCCUGAGCUCCCCCGGCCUCAAUAGGGGGGAAAGGGGGGGGAAGGACCCCAAAGAUCAAAGGGAACCCUGCGCCCACGGCUCCACUGGGAACCAUAGCAACCAUCAACACCGGAGGCGCUAUUUGGCUGGUUGGAGGAAGGCGCACGCCGAUUGGUCCUCUGGGGAGGGCGGCGAUUGGCAGGAGGACUGCUUGGGACCGGUCUCUGCAAAGGAACAGGCGGAACCUCUGGAGAAACAGGGCGUGAAGCCUCCACUUUCGGAAACAAAACGGGCAACUAGGGAGCUUCAUGAAUGGGCGAAAGAGGAGGCCGGAUGGCGCAGGGGAUGCUGGAAGUCGCAGUCCGGGUCGCAGGAGGGUCUUUUUCGGACGGGGAGGCUGCGGGAAAGGGGACGCAGCCGUCACCCGCCUCUUUCUAUGUCUCUCUCUCCCCUGCAGGAGAACGGAAGAAUCCGGAGGAGGAAGGAAGGAAGAGCCCCCCCCCCCCCCGAGGACGAAGUCCCUUCGUGGCGUCCCAGAGAGACGGCGGGGAAAGGCCGGGAGGCUCCGGGGCUGCAGAAGGGAUGAGCGUAAAAGGUUCCCCGAUGCAAAUGACACGAUCUGGAGGACGGAGGAGCCCGGCGGGGGAAGGAAGAAAGCGCCGCCCGAGAGCAGGAGAUCCCUGUGCGGUUUCCCCGGCAGUUUCUCAGGGAGACGGCGGAGAAAGGCCGGGAAGCUCCGGGGCUGCAGGAGGGAUGAGCUCAGGGAGAUCCCGGGAAAGGCCGCUGCCUGGAGGGCGAUGCGGGGAGAAGGAAAUGAGCGGAGACUCCGAGACGGUCCUGAAGGGCGGAGGGUCCUUCGGAAGACCCUGGAAUCCCCAAAGGAUCCAGGAGGAAGAAAAGAAAUACAAAUGCCCGGAAUGUGAAAAAUCCUUCAAGAGAAACGACCAUCUUGAAAACCAUCUAAAAAUCCACUCAUUUGGAAACCCACACAAAUGCUUUGAGUGUGGAAAGAGCUUCAAUUAUAGAGCAGAACUUAGGCAACAUGCAAUAAUCCACACGGGAGAAAAACCUCAUAAAUGCCUGGAGUGUGGAAAGAGCUUCAGUCAUACCAGCAGCCUUUAUGUACAUCAAAGGAUCCACACAGGAGAGAAACCUCAUAAGUGCCUGGAGUGUGGACAGAGUUUCAGUCAGAGGAGCCACCUUUAUACACAUCAAAGGAUCCACACAGGAGAGAAACCUCAUAAAUGCCUGGAGUGUGGAAAGAGCUUCAGUCAUAGCAGCAGCCUUUAUGUACAUCAAAGGAUCCACACAGGAGAGAAACCUCAUAAAUGCCGGGAGUGUGGACAGAGCUUCAGUCAGAGGAGCAGACUUUAUACACAUCAAAGGAGCCACACAGGAGAAAAAGCUCAUAAGUGCCUGGACUCUGGACAGAGCUUCAGUCAGAGGAGCAGACUUUAUGCACAUCAAAGGAGCCACACAGGAGAGAAGCCUCAUAAAUGCCUGGUGUGUCAAAAGAGCUUCAGUCAAAGCAACAGCCUUUAUGUACAUCAAAGGAUCCACACAGGAGAAAAACCUCAUAAAUGCCUGGAGUGUGGAAAGAGCUUCAGUCAUAGGGGCAACCUUUAUACACACCAAAGGAUCCACACAGGAGAAAAACCUCAUAAAUGCCUGGAGUGUGGAAAGAGCUUCAGUGACAGGAGGAACCUAUAUACACAUCAAAGGAGCCACACAGGAGAAAAACCUCAUAAAUGUCUGGAGUGUGGAAAGAGCUUCAGUUGGAGGAACAGCUUUUAUACACAUCAAAGGAUCCACACAGGAGAAAAACCUCAUAAAUGCCUGGAGUGUGGAAAGAGCUUCAGUCGGAGGGACCACCUUUAUAUACAUCAAAGGAUCCACACAGGAGAAAAACCUCAUAAAUGCCUGGAGUGUGGAAAGAACUUCAGUAGGAAGGACCACCUUUAUACACAUCAAAGGAGCCACACAGGAGAAAAACCUCAUAAAUGCCUGGAGUGUGGAAAGAGCUUCAGUGAAAACGACAAUCUUAAAAGACACCUAAAGAUCCACACGGGAGAGAAACCAUUUAAAUGCAUGGAGUGUGGAAAGAGCUUCAAUCGGAGGACAGAACUUAGGCAACAUGCAAGAAUCCACACAGGAGAAAAACCUCAUAAAUGUCUGGAAUGUGGAAAGAGCUUCAGUCAGAGUAGCAGCCUUUAUGUACAUCAAAGGAUCCACACAGGAGAGAAACCUCAUAAAUGCCUGGAGUGUGGAAAGAGCUUCAGUUGGAGGAGCCAACUUUAUACACAUCAAAGGAUCCACACAGGAGAAAAACCUCAUGAAUGCCUGGAGUGUGGAAAGAGCUUCAGUCAGAGGAGCAGCCUUUAUGUACAUCAACGGAUCCACACAGGAGAGAAACCUCAUAAAUGCCUGGAGUGUGGAAAGAGCUUCAAUCAGAGGGGCAACCUUUAUACACAUCAAAGGAGCCACACAGGAGAGAAACCUCAUAAAUGCCUGGAGUGUGGAAAGAGCUUCAGGGAGCGGAGCAGCCUUUAUACACAUCAAAGGAUCCACACAGGAGAAAAACCUCAUAAAUGCCUGGAGUGUGGAAAGGGCUUCAGUCAGAGAAGCAGCCUUUAUGUACAUCAACGGAUCCACACAGGAGAGAAACCUCAUAAAUGCCUGGAGUGUGGAAAGAGCUUCAGUGAGCGGAGCAGCCUUUAUAAACACCAAAGGAUCCACACAGGAGAAAAACCACAUAAAUGCCUGGAGUGUGGAAAGAGCUUCAGGGAGCGGAGCAGCCUUUAUACACAUCAAAGGAGCCACACAGGAGAGAAACCUCAUAAAUGCCUGGAGUGUGGAAAAGGCUUCAGGGAGCAGAGCAGCCUUUAUAAACAUCAAAGGAUCCACACAGGAGAAAAACCUCAUACAUGCCUGGAGUGUGGAAAGAGCUUCAGUCAGAGGAGCAAUCUUUAUACACAUCAAAGGAGCCACACAGGAGAGAAACCUCAUAAAUGCCUGGAGUGUGGAAAGAGCUUCAGUCGGAAGAGCAACCUUUAUACACACCUAAGGAUACACACAGGAGAAAAACCUCAUAAAUGCCUGGAGUGUGGAAAGAGCUUCAGUCAGUGGGGUAACCUUUAUACACAUCAAAGGAGCCACACAGGAGAGAAAUCUCAUAAAUGCCUGGAGUGUGGAAAGAGGUUCAGUCAAAGGGGCAACCUUUAUAAACACCAAAGGAGCCACACAGGAGAGAAACCUCAUAAAUGCUUGGAGUGUGGAAAGAGCUUCAGGGACAGGAGCAACCUUUGUACACAUCAAAGGAUCCACUGGGGAGAAAAGAAAUUUGAAUGCCUCAAAUGUGGAAAGAGCUUCAAAAGAAAUAAUGUUCUUAAAAUUCAUAUGAGUAUCCACUCCGGAGAGAAACCCCAUAAAUGCUUGGAGUGUGGAAAGAGCUUCAGUCAUAGGGGCAACCUUUAUAGACAUCAAAGGAUCCAUACAGGAGAGAAACCUCAUAAAUGCCUGGAGUGUGGAAAGAACUUCAGUCAGAGGAGCAGCCUUUAUAAACAUCAAAGGAUCCACUCGGGAGAAAAACCUCAUAAAUGUGUGGAGUGUGGAAAGAGCUUCAGGGAGCGGAGCAGCCUUUAUACACAUCAAAGGAGCCACACAGGAGAGAAACCUCAUAAAUGCCUGGAGUGUGGAAAGAGCUUCAGUGACAGGAGCAACCUUAAUAAACAUCAAAUGAUCCACACAGGAGAAAAACCUCACAAAUGCCUGGAGUGUGGAAAGAGCUUCAGUCAAAGGGGAAGUCUAGUUAUCCAUCAAAGAAUCCACACAGGAGAAAAAUCCUACAAAUGUCUCGAGUGUGGAAAGAGCUUCAGUCAGAGGGGCAACUUUUAUAUACAUCAAAGGAUCCACUCAGGAGAAAAAACACAUAAAUGCUUGGAGGGUGGAAAGAGCUAUACUGAGCGUUAAAAGCUCCAUUGACACUAAAGAAAUCACGUGGGAGAAAAAUGAUAAACAUGCCUGUGUGUGAGAAGAUCUUCAGUCACUGUGUGUAUUUUAGGAAUUGAAUUCAAUCGCAUAUUCAAUUUGGCCAUGUGUGAAUAGACAGGCUAGAAAUUUGUCUCGAGUGCACAAGCUCUCGUACCUACAAAGCAACAGAAUAAGGAUAUUCAUGAUAAUAAUUAUAAUAAUGCCAAUUGGGGGGGGGAGGUGAAUAAAGAAGAUAUUAAGAAGAGUAAAUAAUAACUGGCAAAUAAGGGACAGUCUCAGACUGAAUAACAAAGAACUUUUUCAAUUGUACAUGCUGUUUCAACCUCCUGAAGUUGUACUUUUUCAGAAGAGACUUAGGUGGCUCAGGAUGACAUUUCCCAUGUGAAUGUUCUUUUAAUGCAAUGCUCAUUUCAGUUGUUAUGCUUAAUAUUAUGGGAUGUUACUGUCCAUGUCUUUGAUGUAAAUGCAACUUAGCAGGAUGAUUUCUUCCAUGUAAUCAACUCUCAUUUUUUACUUUUUCUACUGUAUGGAGUAUAAAAUGAAGCCAAAUUUUGUCUCCCGGAUUCCCUCUCUUCAUUGUUGGAAAUCUCUUUGCUACAAUCCUCUAAUAAAUUGCCUUUAAAUAAUCA